AUGUCUCCGGACUGCUCAUGGGCAACCAAGCUACUGGAUGCCGCUCGAAGGCGAAAUAUCGUCUUUUCGCCGGCUGAGGUGGAGGCCGUCUACGCCGCGCACUCAGGCUCUCCAUUGGCACGAUGGGUGCAGCACAAUCUUGUCGCUCGCGAAACCGCGGUGCUAUCCAAUGAAGAGUUGGCAUUAUGGCGGCGCCUCCAAGAGUCACCGUCCAGCCUCCCGACCAGGGACGCCGCCGCCGACGCCGACUGGGUGUCCAUUCCAACCACCGACGACGAGUUUCGCUCGGCAACGGCAGAUCUAAACGCGUCAACUCGAGCCAUUGAGCGGCGCAGCACGAUUCUCGACGCCCAAAGCGCACUCGCGAGUCGAUUGGCAGGCUCCGAAGAUGGCUGUCGAGUACGCAAGUCUAAGCACAGGCAGUUCUUCAACCAGAAAGAAGCCGCCGAGGUGCAGCAUGUCAAGUUCGCGAACCACCAGCUCUAUGAAACACUGUGCGCCGACCUCCAAACCGAGCAUGCCAUUGUCUCUAGAGACUUGAAAUCGGUGCAUGCCACCGUAGCUGAGGUCCUGAAUGCCGAUGAUCGCGCCCUCGUCCGACUCAACGAGGUCUCUGCCAACCGGACGGAACUGGAUGUCGAUGUCGACGCCGUGGGGGAGCGUGUGGCCAAGCUGACGACCGCGUUGCGGCAUUUCCGCUCCCAGGCCGUCAAAGACCGCCUGGAUCGGACGUACCUGGAAUCCCUGGCAAAUGGCGAGUCAGAGGAGGAAGAGCAGAGGUCUGAAGCCGUGUCCGCCGAUGAAGUCCAGAACAUCCACGCCGACCUAGGCUCGUUGUACGCGGAAAUCGACGAUGUCGCCACCAUGCUGGUCUCGCAUGAGCAUGGCAAGGGCGUCGACUCCACCAUCUCCAGUAUCCGGCAACUCAGAAGCGAAAACAGUCGUGCUCGGACUGAGCUGGUCUACGACAAACUGGCCGCUCUGACAGCAUCGCUCGAGAUUCUGUCCACCCGGCUGGAGAACCUGCAGAAUCGCCGGCUUGCGCUGCAUCGACUCCAGCUACAAAGCCAGCACCUCGGACCGGCCAUCAAUGCACCCACGAGACACGAUCUUGCAGUCCCCGCCGCCGGUCCGGCCUCUACCUUGUCCUCACGACGUGACAGAGCCGAAGACGAAGACGACUAUCCCGCAAUAUCAGCACUACUACGUCAUUUCGGCCUCUCAGGCUUGCCUCAAACUGGAAAUGGAAAUGGAAAUGUUUCUAGCACUACUUUCCACGAGCAGGUUUCUAGCAGUACUUUCCACGAGCAGGUCCGAACCCUUGCGGCCAAGCUGUCCUGCAAGUCUGCCCAGAACGUGCGCCAAAUCCUCGACAUCUCCGAAACAGCCAUCACGACGAGACGGGCCGCCUCGCAGAGUCUUUUUGAGGUGUUGGACACCAAUUCCGCGAGGGACCUUGACCGUGAGCUGCGUGCGCUGGAGGAUCGAAUCGCCCAAGCCCGCGCGGAGAUCGAGACUACCCGGCCGCGGCCACGGCCAUGA